UCAUUCUAAAUUCCUAAUCAAUUCUCUUUAAGACUUUCAUUUCAACUUUGACCUCAUCCAUUCAUUUCUACACAAAAAAAAUCAUGGAGUUGCCUCAAAAUGUUGUGAUAGUAGGAGCUGGAAUUGCUGGCCUCACCACAUCCUUGGGGCUUCACAGGCUUGGAAUACAAAGCUUAGUAUUGGAAUCCUCUUCUAAUUUGCGGACAACUGGAUUUGCUUUCUCUACUUGGACAAAUGCUUGGAAAGCUUUAGAUGCUAUUGGUCUCGGUGAUUAUCUUCGAAAUCUGCAUCAGCGGAUUGAUGAAGUAGUUGCAAUCUCUUCAGUCACGGGUCAACCGGAUGCAAAAAUAUUUCUUAAGAGCAAAGGGAAACAUGGAGAGCAUGAAGUUCGGUGUGUGAGAAGGAAAUUAUUGCUAGAAGCUCUUGCACAAGAACUCCCACAUGGUACUAUAAGGUUCUCCUCCAAAGUAGUUUCUAUUGACCAAUCAGACUACUUCAAGCUCGUCUAUCUUGAUGAUGGCACCAUUAUCAAAACUAAGGUGUUAAUAGGAUGUGAUGGAGUGAACUCCGUAGUCACAAAGUGGCUCGGUUUCGAAAAGCCAAUUUUUACGGGACGAUCAGCAAUGAGAGCAUAUACAAAUUUUAAUGCAAAACAUGGCUAUGCUCCCAAGUUCUUGCAAUUCUUUGGUAAUGGUUUCCGUGCAGGUCUCCUCCCUUGCGACGAAACAACUAUAUAUUGGUUUUUUACUCACUCAGACAAUAAGCUGGAGGAGGACCCAGCAAAGUGGAAACAAUUUGUGCUGAGCAAACUUGAAAAUGCAUCUUAUGAACAACUGAGGAAAGUAGUAGAAGCAACUGAGAUAGAUAGCAUUAUGCCUUCUCAUUUAACGUAUAGAAAUCCAUGGGAGUUGCUAUGGAGAAAUGCAAGCAAAGGCAAUGUGUGUGUGGCUGGAGAUGCUUUCCAUCCCAUGACCCCAGAUCUAGGCCAAGGUGGUUGUUCUGCCUUGGAAGACGGUGUCGUUUUAGCUAGGUGUCUUGCUGAGGCCUUGAAGGAAGAUCAAGUAAUUGGAGAUAAAGAAGAAUAUGAGAGGAUUGAAGUUGGGUUGAAAAAAUAUGCAGCAGAGAGGAAAUGGAGAGGCUUUCAACUCGUAACAACAUCUUAUUUGGUUGGGAUUAUACAACAAAGUGAUGGAAAAUUAUUGAGCUUCUUGAGAGAUAAUGUUUUAGCCAAAUUUCUUGCUGGGUUAUUUUUGAAGAUUCCUGAUUUUGACUGUGGAAACCUUAAAAAUAAGUUUUCAUCUUAAAGUUUCCAUGUUAUUAGAUUUAUCAUCAAAACUCUGAAAGUUUAUGUUUCGAUCUUUGAAAUUAAUAAUGAAAAGAAAAAUAAAAGUUGUGGUUUUUAUUA